UUGCAUCAACUCAACAAAUUGCACAUCAUGUCUUCUCACUUCACCACCCACUACCAACACCACCUUCCCUCUUUCUCUUCUUCUUCUUCUUCUUCUUCUUCUUCUUCUUCUUCCAAGCAUUCCCCUUUUCCCUCUUCUAUUUCUCUUUCUCAUCACUUCUCCAAAUCCUCUAAGGGUGUGGUGUCAUCAGAGGCUAAAGACAAACAAGAGAAAAGAUGCAGAGCAAUAUCAAAAUCACGAACUCAAGAAUAUGCAGAAGUAUUUCAGAAUAGUCUAACAACUUUAAAGUUGCAUGAUAUUGAUGUGGAGGAUGACACACAUGAGGAGCAAGCUAUUGGGAAGGUUUCUGUGACAAAUGAGAUUCAAAAGAGAGUGGAGGCUAUCAAAUCAAUACUGGGACUAAUGGAAGAUGGAGAGAUAACCAUAUCUGCUUAUGACACAGCUUGGGUUGCUCUUGUUGAAGAUGUUCAUGGAAGUGGUACCCCUCAAUUUCCUUCAAGUCUUGAAUGGAUUGCAAAAAAUCAACUUGCUGAUGGUUCAUGGGGUGAUAGUGAAUUGUUCUCAGCACAUGAUCGAAUCAUUAACACGUUGGCUUGUGUUAUUGCAUUGAGAACAUGGAAUAUGCACCCUGAAAAGUGUGAGAAAGGAAUGGCAUUUUUCAGAGAAAAACUUAGCAAGCUUGAGGAUGAGAAUGCUGAACAUAUGCCAAUUGGGUUUGAGGUUGCUUUCCCUUCACUUCUGGACAUAGCUCGUGGUUUGAACAUUGAAGUGCCUGAUGAUUCCCCAAUAUUGAAGGACAUAUUUGCCAAGAGAGAUGAAAAACUCACAAGAAUACCAGGAGAGAUGAUGCAUAAAGUGCCCACAACUCUGCUUCAUAGCUUGGAGGGUAUGUCAGACUUAGAUUGGAAACAACUUCUAAAACUGCAAUCUGAAGAUGGAUCAUUCUUGUUUUCUCCAUCCUCCACCGCCUUUGCACUCAUGCAAACCAAGGAUGAAAAUUGCCUCAAAUACUUGAAUAAUGCUGUCACCAAGUUCAAUGGGGGAGUUCCAAACGUGUAUCCGGUGGAUUUGUUUGAACAUAUUUGGGUGGUUGAUAGGCUAGAACGCCUAGGAAUAUCAAGGUAUUUUCAGCAAGAGAUCAAGGACUGUAUGAGUUAUGUUUACAGAUAUUGGACUGAAAAGGGCAUUUGUUGGGCAAGAAAUUCAAAUGUUCAGGACAUUGAUGACACAGCAAUGGGUUUCAGGUUACUAAGAUUACAUGGCCACCAAGUUUCAGCAGAUGUGUUCAAGCACUUUGAGAGGAAUGGUGAAUUCUUCUGCUUUGCUGGGCAGAGCACGCAAGCAGUGACAGGAAUGUUCAAUCUGUAUAGGGCCACUCAAGUAGUGUUUCCAGAGGAGAAGAUUCUUGAAAAUGCAAAGCAAUUCUCUGCAAAGUUUUUGAGGGAAAAGAGAGCAGCAAAUGAGCUAAUAGAUAAAUGGAUCAUAAUGAAGAAUUUGCCUGAAGAGGUGGGUUACGCAUUGGAUGUGCCAUGGUAUGCAAACUUACCACGAGUGGAGACAAGAUUCUACAUUGAUCAAUAUGGUGGUGAGAGUGACGUAUGGAUUGGCAAAACUCUUUAUAGGAUGGCUUAUGUGAACAACAACAAUUAUCUGGAGCUUGCUAAAUUAGACUACAACUAUUGCCAAGCAUUGCAUCUAGCUGAAUGGGGGGAAAUUCAAAAGUGGUACUCAGAAUCAAGAUUGGGAGAGUUUGGAUUGAGCAGAAGGAAUCUUUUGUUGGCCUAUUUUCUGGCAGCAGCUAGCAUCUAUGAGCCUGAGAGGUCCCAUGAGAGGCUUGCAUGGGCCAAAGCCACAGCAUUGCUUGAGACAUUAGCAUCCUAUGUUUGUGAUGCAGAAAUGAGAAAAGAUUUUGUGGAAAAUUUCAGUGAUUGCAUCAACAAGCUUGACUACUCCAUUGGCUGGAGGUUGAACAGGAGCAAAACAGGACAUGGACUGGCUGAGACUUUGGUUGCAACCAUAGACCAGAUCUCCUGGGACAUACUUGUGUCUCAUGGUCAUGAAAUUGGACAUGAUAUGCAUCACACUUGGAAAAAGUGGCUAUCAAGUUGGGAAAGUGGAGGAGGGGACAAUUGUGAAGGACAGGCAGAGCUUUUGGUGCAAACAAUCAAACUAACCGCGGGCCAUUGGAUUUCUGAGGAGCAAAUGUUGAGUCCACAAUACCAGCGUCUCCUUCAACUCACCAACACACUCUGUCAUACACUCAGUUGCUAUCAAAAGGACAAGGAAUCCAAGAACGACAACAUCACAAUUCCAGAAGUAGAGUCAGAAAUGCAAGAACUCGUGCAAUUGGUGUUCCAAAAAUCUCCAAAUGGCAUUGAUUUCAAUAUCAAGAAUACUUUCUUGAUAGUGGCAAAGAGUUUCUACUACACAACAUUCUGUGAUUCACGGACAAUCAACUUCCAUAUUGCCAAAGUUCUCUUUGAUGAAGUAGUUUAAUCAAACUCAGUGUCUUGAUUCUUGAAAAGAUUCGCCAUUAUUAUUGAUAAUUAAAAGGAAAGGAAAAAAUAGUUGUUGGGGUUUGAUUUAUAUAACUUUUUUAAGUUUACAAAUUAUUGAAUCAAAUAAAGUUGGAAAACUAUGAAUAAAUUUUGUUUUUAGAUAA